AUGAAGUUCCUGACUCCCUUAGCGCUAAGCGCAACAUUCUCGACCGCUCUAGCUGCGGUCAUUCCUCAGGAACCACUUGGGCCUUCAAUCGUCCAAAAUACCCAGGAGCCUAAAUGGCUGAUUGAAUUGGCCCCAUAUACCACUCGCUGGGUCACAGAAGAAGAGAAGUGGGCAUUGAAGCUUGAUGGAGUCAACUUCAUCGACGUUACCGAUGAAUUUCAGUCGGGUUCCUACGGUGUCUUGCAUACCCAGCGCAUCGUCCGAUACCCUGGACAAAUGGAACACUCCAGUGACGUGUUCCCACUAGCCAAGGAUCUAUCAAAGAGCAACAUGAAGAAGAACCUGGAGCAUUUCACUUCCUAUCACACCCGCUACUACAAGUCUAAGACUGGUAUUGAGUCUGCCGAGUGGCUAUUAUCACAGGUUUCCGAUGUGGUCCACGAUUCGGGCGCAAGUGAGCAUGGCGCAUCUGUGGAGCGUUUCGACCACCCAUGGGGCCAAUUCAGUAUCAUUGCGCGAAUCCCGGGUCAGACCAACAACACCGUGGUGUUGGGCGCCCACCAGGACAGCAUCAACCUUUUCCUUCCCUCUAUCCUGGCUGCGCCAGGUGCUGAUGACGAUGGCAGUGGAACUGUCACUAUCCUUGAAACGCUCCGGACUCUGCUGCAGUCUGAAGCCAUUGUUCGGGGACAGGCGGAGAACACCAUUGAGUUCCACUGGUACUCUGCCGAGGAAGGCGGCCUGCUGGGUUCUCAGGCCAUCUUUUCUAGCUACAAGAAAGAUUAUCGCGAGAUCAAGGCUAUGCUUCAGCAGGAUAUGACCGGCUACGUCCAAGGCACCCUGGACGCUGGUCUGCCAGAAUCAGUUGGAGUCAUUGUCGACUACGUGGACCAAGGCCUCACCGAAUUCAUCAAGGAAGUUAUCACAACUUACUGUGAUAUCCCUUACGUUGAGACCAAGUGCGGCUAUGCCUGUUCGGACCACGCAUCGGCUAGCCGAUUUGGCUACCCUUCGGCAUUCGUGAUCGAGUCCCAGUUUGAGAAUUCGGACAAGAAGAUCCACUCAACUGAUGACUUGAUCAAGUACCUGAGCUUUGAUCACAUGCUCCAGCAUGCUAAGAUGAGCCUAGCCUUUGCAUACGAGUUGGCAUUUGCGCCUUUCUGA